AUGACUUACACUCGAACGGUUACUAAUGUGGGUCGACCUUUCUCGACCUACUUCAGUAAGGUUUCAUCACCUGAAGGGGUUGCUGUCGAAGUCGUGCCUAGUGUGAUGAGGUUCAAGGAGGUGAAAGAGAAGGCGAGCUAUACCGUGACAUUUACCAGGUUGGAUGACAAUGUGACAAGAAGCAGUAACGUUGGUCAAGGUUCCUUGGCCUGGUACUCUAUUGGUGAUGAUGGGUACAAGGUUUUGAGUACUAUUGUUGUCGUCUUUGUUUGA